CGUCCACACCCGCUGCUAAAAGCCGGGCCCAGGGCGUAGCGCACAGAGCCCUCUGCCGCCGGCGCAGAGAAGACCCGGCGGCUGCUGUCGGCAGCGGCCCAGGAGCAUCCUGCGUGCGCCCCUAAGGCUCCCGCUCCCCAGACGCCGCCCGAGGAGGAGACCCUGCGGGCGUGGCCCACCCUACCCGCAGAUCGCUCGGAAUCCAGGAGCAGAGGGUGAAGUACACACGGGUUCCCACCGCCCCCUCGGCUCCCACCAGCUGGGGAAGGAUUGAACGGUGUGGGUGCCGGGAGAGAAGCCGGUUCCAGGUGGGCCCUAGGAUCACAGCAGCAAGGACUCAGAGCUCCCCCUGGCUGGGCAGGGAGAAGCCAGAUGUUACCGUGGGGCAGGGAAGCCACGUGGAUUCAUGGCCACCACACUUCUAGCCAACAGUGGCAAGCUGGUGUCUCCCAAGUGGAAGAACUUCAAAGGCCUCAAGCUGCUUUGCCGGGACAAGAUCCGUCUCAACAACGCCAUCUGGAGGGCCUGGUAUAUCCAGUAUGUGGAGCGGAGGAAGAGCCCCGUGUGUGGCUUCGUGACCCCCCUGCAGGGGCCUGAGGCUGAUGAGCACCGAAAACCAGAGGCCGUGGUCCUAGAGGGCAAUUACUGGAAGCGGCGCAUCGAGGUGGUGAUGCACGAGUACCACAAGUGGCGCAUCUACUACAAGAAGCGGCUCCGUAAGUGCAGCAGGGAAGGGGAUCUCCUGACCCCAAAGCAGGCGGAAGGGGGUUGGCAACCACCGGAGCGAUGGUGCGAGCAGCUCUUCUCCAGCGUGGUGCCCGUGCUGCUCGGGGGCCCAGAGGAGGAGCCUGGCGGGCGGCAGCUUCUGGACCUGGACUGCUUUUUGUCCGACAUCUCCGACACGCUCUUCACCAUGACUCAGCCCAGCUCCACGCCCCUGCAGCUGCGCCCUGAGGAUGCUUAUGUGGGCAAUGCUGACAUGAUCCAGCCGGACCUGACACCCUUGCAGCCCAGCCUGGAUGACUUCAUGGAGAUCUCAGAUUUCUUCACCAGCUACCGCCCCCCCCAGACACCCACGCCCUCACACUUCCCGGAGCCCCCCAGUUUUGGCACCAUGGCUGACCCUUUCUUCGGCAGUUCCAUCCUGGGCUCAGAGGUGCCCCCUGCCUCGUCAGGCAUGACCCACCUCUCAGGGAAUAACCGCCUGCAGGCUCGGAGCAGCUGCCCUGGCACCCUGGACUCCAGUGCCUUCCUGAACUCUGAUUUCCUCCUUCCUGAAGACCCCAAGCCCAAGCUCCCACCCCCGCCAGCACCCCCACCUCUCUUCCAAUACCCUGCCCUUCCCAAGGGGCCUGGUCUAGAGCCCUGUCCCCAACCCGCCUUCCCUCCCAUGGCUCCUCCCCCUGCUUUGCUGCAGGAAGAGCCUCUCUUCUCUCCUAGAUUCCCCUUCUCUACUGUCCCUCCUGCCCCAGGAGUGUCCCCACUGCCGGCUCCCACUGCCUUCCCACCUACCCCCCAGCCUGGUCCAGGCCCUGCCCCUGCUCCCUUCCCCAUAGACCUUCUACCCUCAGGGUAUCUGGAGCCCCAAUUUGGGCCUCACUUCACAGUGCCCCAAGGCAUGAGGUCCAGAGGCAAGCCCCCCGCCCCAUCCCCUAGAGGGGAGAAGCCCAGCCCCCCAACCUUGGCCCCUGCCACCGCCAACCCCACUACCCCAGUGGGGGGCAACAACCCCUGCCUCACACAGCUGCUCACAGCAGCCAAGCCUGAGCAAGUCCUGAAACCACCACUCGUAUCCAGCACCCUCCUCCGGCCCUCAGGGUCCCCGGAGACGGCCCCUGAAUUCCCCUGCACCUUCCUACCCCCGACCCCGGCCCCCACACCACCCAGGCCCCCUCCAGGCCCAACCACACUGGCACCUCCCAGGCCCCUGAUUGUCCCCAAAGCGGAGCGGCUCUCGCCCCCAGCACACAGCGGUGGUGAACGGAGGCUGUCUGGGGAACUCAACUCCAUUCCAGGCCCGGGGACCCUGAGUGUCUGCGUCUCUCCCCCUCAACCCAUCCUAAGCCGGGGUCGUCCAGACAACAACAAGACUGAGAACCGGCGCAUCACACACAUCUCUGCAGAGCAGAAGAGGCGCUUCAAUAUCAAGCUGGGGUUUGACACCCUGCACGGGCUGGUGAGCACACUCAGCGCCCAGCCCAGCCUCAAGGUGAGCAAAGCAACCACACUGCAGAAGACGGCCGAGUACAUCGCCAUGCUGCAGCAGGAGCGGGCGGCCAUGCAGGAGGAGGCCCAGCAGCUACGGGACCAGAUCGAGGAGCUCAACGCUGCCAUUAACCUGUGCCAGCAGCAACUGCCUGCUACCGGGGUGCCCAUCACGCACCAGCGUUUCGACCAGAUGCGAGACAUGUUCAACGACUAUGUCCGCACCCGGACACUGCACAACUGGAAGUUCUGGGUGUUCAGCAUCCUCAUUCGGCCUCUGUUCGAGUCCUUCAAUGGGAUGGUGUCCACAGCAAGCUUGCAGAGCCUCCGUCAGACCUCACUGGCUUGGCUGGACCAGUACUGCUCCCUGCCUGCUCUCCGGCCAACUGUCUUGAACUCUCUCCGCCAGCUGAGCACAUCUACCAGUAUCCUCACAGAUCCAGGCUGUAUACCUGAGCAAGCCACACGGGCAGUCACAGAGGGCACCCUUGGCAAACCUUUAUAGUGCUGGCCAGACACUGCCACUUACUCAGCUGCCCUGGGGCUGCUUUCCUUGGGCCUGGGCUCCAGGGACAACUUCCGGGCACUCCCCUCCUGCCCCUUGCCCUGGCUGUCCCCUUUCCUGAGGGUCUAGCAGGGCCCAAAUCUCUUCCACCUCCUGGAAGCCAGGAAGAACGGCAUUCCAUUCCCUGCCCCACCAGAGACUAACACCGUGACCUGGAGGAUUCAUACUCUUUCUUGGGACCUUCACUUUCCAGUCUGAAAAAUGGGGAUGGAGAAGCUUCAACCAGAAGAUGAUCCCAAGUCCUUAGCAACUGUGAUACUUGGGGCCUAAGCUGACAACUCAGGGAGCUUGUAGGAGGAAGGGGGAUGAUCCUGUUUCCCCGCCAUCCCUCCCUGUACCCCCCCCCCCAAAUAGGGCACAGGCCUCUGUUUCUGAUCAGAGAGACAGAAAAGGAGCGUCCCAUUCUCUGCUCCUCCGCUGGUAGCCCAGUGGGGGGGUAGGGUGCUGCAGGAUGGCAAACCUGGGUGAGGCCAGGAAGGUCUGAUCCCAGGAGAGAGCAGGGCAGGAGGUGGCCAGACCAGGGCAGGCAUCUUGUGUGCGUGUGGAUGCGUGUGUGUGGAUUUUGUAAAGAAUUUUCAACCAAUAAAAACAAAAACUGUU